AGUUGUGACUAAGUGAAAAUGUGCAUGAAAAAUUAUUAAAAUAGACAACAAGAAAAAAUAUUUUAAAACUAUGAAUUUAGAUUCUUUAAUUUCGUCGUCAGCUAUUCGAUCUGAAACGAUAACUGCUACAUUAAAUCGACACAAUUAUCCAUCAGUACAUCAAACAAUGCCUCAACGAUCUCCGUUUGCUAUUCAAGAGCUUCUAGGCCUCGGUCAUAGUGACUCUGGUCGGCAAUCGACAAAUGGAAGUUCUGGAAAUUCUGUGAAUUCUCAAAUCACAAGUACUUCUAACGGUCCUAUUUCAGCUGUAACUCCUUCAAUUUAUUCUCAAUCAAAUCAUGUUGAUCAUCAUCAAAUGCAAAUGGCUGCAUCACGUAUGGCUUAUUUUAAUGCACAUGCAGCUGCUUUUAAUGUUGCUGCUGCUUUUUUGCCUCAUAAUAUGUCAGGAGCUGGAGGUGGCCCGUUAGCUGGCUUACAUCCACAAUCUGCUGGUUUUCCACAACUAAAGACAUCGUUUGGAAGUGCAAACAUACCAUCACAGCCAAUAGAUCCAAGCAAAGAGUUUACAGUUGAUGGAAUUAAUGGAUUUAGCAAAAAGAAGAAAAAGAAGCGACGUCACAGUCGAACAAUUUUCACAAGCUAUCAAUUAGAUGAACUUGAAAAGGCAUUUAAAGAGGCUCAUUAUCCAGACGUUUAUGCCCGCGAAAUGUUAUCUUUAAAGACAGAUCUACCCGAGGAUAGGAUACAAGUUUGGUUCCAGAAUCGACGAGCAAAGUGGCGAAAAACUGAGAAAUGCUGGGGACGUUCUACAAUCAUGGCUGAAUAUGGGCUUUAUGGAGCGAUGGUUCGACAUUCCUUACCUUUACCUGAUACUAUUCUAAAGUCAGCAAAAGAAAACGAUGGUGUUGCUCCUUGGUUACUUGGUAUGCAUAAGAAAUCUAUUGAGGCAGCAGAAGCACUAAAGAGUUCCGAUGAGAACAGCGACAAAGAGGAUGACAAUGAAACUAGAACUGAAAAUAGCGAUACAAGCUCAUCAAAUCAUCAACGAAAGACACCAACGACACCAAUAUCGACAGCUAUAACACCUUUAACGACUUUAAAACCCAAGAAAACAUCGAAUAGCCCACCGUCAUCGACUUCUGCAUCACCAAUAGCUAUGUCACCGCCAAUAUCAAGUCAUCCGUCAAGUACACCGAAUCAGCGAUCGAUAGAGGAUUUGUCAGGACGAAAGGAUCAUGAAAUGUCAAGUCCAACAUCAAGGACACAUUCAAAUGGUGGAAGUAGUUAUCACUUGAGUCCAAAUGAACAAAAUAGUCCAUCGACAUUAGCUCAUCAUCAUCCAUCAGUUGCACAUCAUUAUCCGCUUAAUCCAAUGAACCCAUCGCCUGACACUGAUGCGGAAGUGUUUAGGUGGGUGAACUACAAUCGCGACAUUCCUGUCUCUUUUAUACGAAACAAUUCAAUUGCAUGUCUUCGUGCUAAGGCUCAAGAACAUCAAGCACGUCUAAUGAACAGUGGCUUAUUGGCACUUCAAGUACGAUCUCUAGCUGGUCUUCAGCAUCAUCAAGUACAGCACCAACAAUUACCAAGUCCAAUGAGCAGCUCGCCAGACAGCAUAAUGAUUCAUUCACAGCACUCACCAAGUCCAAUUCGAUCACCUGAAAGUAACAAUAACAAUAAUAAUAGCAGCCGAAAUUUUAAUUCAAGUAUGACGCACUCAAGUGACGUUAGUGAAGACAUUGAUAUUGAGGAAGUGAAGCCGUUUCAUAAUAAAACGAAUGUUAGUCCAAAUGUUGUAACGUUUUGACAUUAAAAAAUAAUUGUAUUUGAUAUUCUGUAAAAUUUUGUGAUGCUAUGAAUUGUAAAAGAGUAUGUUCUGGGAAGCAUAUGGAGGGGAAGGGGUCUAGUAGGAAUUACAUUCGAUAUUUUGGUUCUUAAAAUUGAUCUUUUUAGUGUAAAGUUGACAAGCAAGUGAGUUGACUGAGUUGUAUAGACGGUAAUGUCAAUGAACAAUACUAGAAGUCUAUUCUUUGGCUAUGAUCUUACUCAAUACAAUUUAAAUGAAAUUUAAGAUUAGACUAGACCGAAUUAAAGCAAGGAGGUCGAAUCUUAUAAUUUGGCACCAGGCGACAUAAAUCCUAGCUGCAACGUUGAGACUUCAUACUAUUCAAACUCAGAUCAGCUUAGUAAACUUAAUUUUGAUGUCUAUUGUAGAGUAUUAGAAGUCUAAGAACCAGUCAAAAAGACUUCAAUUGUCAGACUUGCUGAGCAUGUCCUAUCCUAUGCUUCUCAAAAUGUAUAUUAGCUAGAAGAUUUGACAACGACUAAAGAUAUUUUAUUAAUAAGUCAAAAAGAUCCAGUGAGAAACUACAAAGCAUAUAGUUUUGUGCAAUAAAAGAUGAAAGAUUAUGUAAAAUAUUUAAUAGCGAGAUGUGCAACGAAUCCUCUUGAUUGUCGAUGCUCUAAGAAUCCUGUAAAUAGCUAAAUUAAAUAAAUAUUGUGUUAGUGAUAAGGCGAUAUUAGUUAAGCUAUAGAGAAUAAAAAAUGAAUAAGUAAUAACUUUAUAUUAAUAAUAAAUAAAAGGAAUUAAUUAAUUUAAAUUUUCUUUCUAAAUCUUUCUGGAAAAUCAAUAA